GGGAAGGAGAGGGGAGAAGACUGUCUGGCGGCACCGAACUGGCACUGGGGCGCUGUCCCGUUCCGAUUCAGAGCACACUGGCACAGAAGCACCGUCCCGGGUGCACACGCACUGGCACCGUCUCUGGCGCUACCCUGCCCAGCCUGCACGAGCCCUAACCCAGAAUGGAGAUCCCGCCGACUCACUUCCCGGCUUCCCGGGCAGCCUCCGUGGCAGAGAGCUGCAUUAACUACCAGCAAGGCUCCCCGCAUCAGGUGUUCUUGGUGCACACCGUGCAGCAGGCCAGCCUGGAGGAUAUUCCAGGAAGAGGACAUAAGUAUCGUCUCAAAUUUUCCGUGGAAGAAAUUAUCCAAAAACAAGUUACAGUCAACUGCACAGCAGAAGUACUUUACCCUCCAGUGGGACAAGAUACUGCACCAGAAGUUAACUUCACAUUUGAAGGAGAAAUUGGAAAAAAUCCAGAUAAAGAAGAUAACACAUUUUAUCAAAGACUCAAGUCCAUGAAGGAACCACUAGAAGCACAAAAUAUUCCAGACAGUUUUGGAAACAUAGCUCCAGAAAUGAAGCCAGUUCGACACUUAGCCUGGGUUGCCUGUGGUUAUAUCAUAUGGCAGAAUUCUACUGAAAACACAUGGUAUAAAAUGGCAAAAAUUCAAACUGUCAAGCAAGUGCAAAGAAAUGAUGACUUCAUUGAGUUAGACUAUACUGUUCUACUUCAUGACAUCGCAUCUCAGGAGAUUAUUCCUUGGCAAAUGCAAGUUCUCUGGCACCCACAAUAUGGUACUAAAGUAAAACAUAACAACCGUUUGCCAAAGAAAGCACAAAUGGAAUAAAUGAAGAUGACCCUGAAACCGGAGAAAGUGUAACCAUGCUUCUUAAUAAGGGGGAUGCCAGCCUUCACGGGUAUCUAGCUUAAGAGGCCAAAUAAAUCCCAAAGUGUCACAGUGUUUAAAUGUCUUAAUUACACAUAGAAGUACACAGAUUCCAUAAUAAAGUGUCACAAUGUAAAACAGUCUUAAUAAUGGUAAUGAUAAUGCAUGCAUAUCUCAUAAUAAAAUACUUCAAUUCCAGCUUUA